CCAGCCUGCAGCAGCAAAGCAGUACUAUAUGUCUGCUGGUACGGAUCAGGGCAACAUAAAAAGAUCCUGAAAACCACAUUUUCACAAAUCCAAUGGAUGAAAACACAAAGGAAGCGUGGAAGGACAAGGAACAUACAGGACUGAAGAAGUAAGAGCAUUGCUUUCCACAGCCCAUCCACAGCUGUUUUCAUCUUCUCAAGCAAGCUCAAUUCCACACCUGCACCUGUCCCAAGAGGAAUUGGAGACUGUUCCUUUAAAAAACAAAAAGGCCAACAACAAAACAAAACAAAAACCAAACCAACCAACCAAAAACAAAAACCAAAAACCAGUGAAGGUCACUAAUUUGGGAACUCAUUGGCAACAGCUGACUGCAAGGAGCCACAGCUACUAAAUAAGUGUGAGCAGUGGUGGGGAAGAUGUUACAGAGAAGUAGUGCUGUUUGGUAAUCUGAGGUGUGAAUUAAAAAGAACAUGGACUGAGCUGGAGAAGUCUACAAGUGGGAAGAAGCUACACAAAGAACUUUAGGAGAGUCAGCCUAGGAAGAUAAUGCUGGACUGGAGAGAGGCAUCCCUAUUUCCACCAGAAGCCUGGACCAGAACUCAGAGUAAAGAAAGGACUUGGAGUGCUGUGCUGUGCUACUGAGAGACCACACUGAAGAAACAGCUUGGGUUCACCUUGUUGCUGCAUACCGGGAAGCAGCUGGCAGCCCUGCUGAGUUAACAUGGUGGUCCCUGGGCUCAAGGACUUGGCACAGAGAACCUGUUGCAUUGAACCUGGUCACGCUGGAGAUGGUGGAAAGGCUUAAGAUCAAGUUCACAGACCUCAAAGAGAGAAGGCAAGAUAAUGAUGAUGUAUUCUCACCUGAGGGACCCUGCUGAGACAGUGAUUUUGGCCACGAGGGAGACAUUGCAGUUGCCUGCUCUUGCAUUUCUCUGAUGUUUCCUGUGGAGAUAUUCCUCGGUGACUCCCUGCAAUGACACUCAUAAAGACAGACUAUUAAAUAUGAAUCACAGAUGCUCUGAAGAAUUCCCUGAUAUUGCUACCAAAAGGGAGGUGGAUGAAGUAAGAGAUAGCCAGCUGCUGCCUGGGAACAAUUUCACAAAUGAAUGCAACAUACCUGGAAACUUCAUGUGCAGCAACGGGCGCUGUAUCCCGGGGGCCUGGCAGUGUGAUGGGCUGCCAGAUUGCUUCGAUGACAGUGAUGAGAAGGAAUGCCCAAAAGCCAAGUCCAAGUGUGGUGCCACCUUCUUCCCCUGUGCCAGUGGAAUCCACUGCAUCAUUGGCCGCUUCAGGUGCAACGGCUUUGAGGACUGUCCUGAUGGCAGCGAUGAGGAAAACUGCACAGCCAAUCCCUUGCUUUGCUCUACUGCCCGAUUCCACUGCAAAAAUGGUCUUUGCAUUGAUAAAAGCUUCGUGUGCGACAGUCAAAAUAACUGUCAAGACAACAGCGAUGAGGAGAGCUGUGAAAGUCCUCAAGAGGCAGGCAGCGGCCAAGAUUACGUGACCUCAGAAAAUCAGCUGCUCUAUUACCCCAGUAUUACCUACGCUAUCAUUGGUAGCUCUGUCAUUUUUGUGCUCGUGGUGGCCUUUCUUGCCUUAGUCCUGCAUCACCAAAGAAAACGCAACAAUCUCAUGACCCUGCCAGUGCAUCGCCUGCAGCACCCUGUGCUGCUGUCCCGGCUGGUGGUCCUUGAUCACCCACACCACUGCAGCGUUACCUACAACGUCAACAAUGGGAUCCAGUACAUGUCCAACCAGACCUACCACAGGCCAGAGGAUCUGGACUCGCCUCCGUCCUAUUCAGAGGCUGUGCUGGACCAAAGCAGACCACCUUGGUUUGACCUUCCUCCACCCCCUUAUUGUUCUGAGUCUGAAUCCCCUAAUCAGCCAGAUCUCCCUCCUUACCGGUCUCGGACAGGAAGCAUGGUGAGCACAGACACCCCCACAGCUGGAAGCCCUCUGGGCACAGACAGCGGUUGGACGAGAGACAUUCAUGAGAGCAUGGAUGGCCACAGAACCCUUCUUGAGAGGACAGCAGAUCCAAGCAAUUCUCUGGUCAACCAUGUUGAUGAAAGAGAAGCGUAACUGCUCCACUGUUUGGGAUGGACAAGAAGAGAUGCUCUUUUUCUAGUCCAUGUGGGUUAAUUUGCUGUUGCUAUCAGGUUCAGGCAGACGUGUGCCUGAAUAACGACUUGAUUUGUGUCCACGUUAAGUUAAUUUUUUAAUUCAGCAUUUUGUGCUCAUCAGAGACAGAGCUGUGAGAGAUGAAUGUGGAGUUGCAUCAGUUCUUGACAAUAUUCCUGCAAGCAGGUUCCAGUUCAGACUAGCAAGGGAAAUGGUGCUAUGCUGAAGAACUGAUGUGCUGUAUUUCUCAGAAUAUAUACUGUAUUUGAAUGUAUAUAUGUGCAUGUGUAAUAUUGACAAACGUUGCACGCAAAAGCUAUGCCGGAUCUCUUGUUUCUAGACUGCUUCCUGUCCUCUGUGAACUGUUUCUUCCUGCUGCCUAGUGCCAGGUGGUGGUCAUUGAAGCACGAGAGAAGCAGCCCUUCAGGAGGAAAGAAGCCCAGUGCUAAGCCCACUGGCAGCACUCAAAUUGCAGAAGAUAAUGUAUAUGGCCCUUCUCUUCCUUGCUUAGAACUUUCUCCUUGUGAAUGUAACUUUCAGUUUUAGCUUGUGACGAUGCAACAGCUCUAUAACUGUGCAAACAAGUGUUUUUUGUUUUUAUUCCUCUGCCCCAAUGCUAGUAUUGAGGUCAAAUUUGCAUGGAUUUUCUCAGGAAAACCACAGAGGUUGGCUCAUCUGUCAAACUUCAGGCUGACUGUGGAGGCAGUGAAGCUUAACACACCAGCUCAAGAUUUCAGACGUGGCAAAACAACAUCACUCUAUGUUUCUUCUUAAAAAUAAAAAAUAAAAGUUAAAAAAUAACAAGCAUACAAAACCAAAACUUUUCCAGGUACAUCUUCAACACCAAAACCGGCCUGAAGCAAAUCCAUCAUGAAAACUUCUGUGUGGAUGACUAGUUUGUUAAUUUCUGAAACAACUGAAGGUGGGUGAAAGGUUUAGGGCUUGUCAGCGUAUGGUCAUGUAUGGAUACACAUGUUUAAUACUGUAUGUAUGUAUAUACAUCAUGUAUUGCAUAAGUUUAGUUCUGUUUGUAUCUGUAGAACUUCAAAAUCUUGACAUUUUUCUUACGAUGUUCUCAUUGCUUUUUCUUAAUUGCCAUUAUUCGUAUUCAUUUGGUUCAAAUUCUAGUUUCUUCAGAUAAACAGAAUUACUUUUAUCUAUUUUGAGUUUUUCUCUUUUAAUUCUUAGAAUGGUCUCCCAUGAAAUAUGUUUCAGUGCGCAGUGCUGAAUCACCCACAAGAAAGCAACUCAAAGGUAAAGGUUUUCAGAGUGGAAAGAGGGAAGGUAAACUCUGAAUUUUAAUGCCGCUGCAGUGCUGUGCUUGCACUUAAUAUACAGAAGAGAAUGCAGCGUAUUUUUUCUUGUCCGGAGGGAAAUUGGUCUUGAGGAAUUAUUUCUGUUUGUCUAUUACCACAUUUCCCACUUCUCAUCUUCCAAGUAAUGAACACUGUCAUUAAACAGGCUUUGCUGUUUAAUGGAAAAGAGGGAAACUACUGUUCUUCCAAAGCCUCUGCUUUUUUUCCUCCCUAUUUAAGGUAAUAUCUUUCUCCCAAAAGAUAGAUGCUCGGGACUCAAGAAUUCUUGAGUGUGGGUGUAGGUAAUGGAGUGAUUAAAGUUCAGUCUCAGUUCCAGCACAUAAAACUGAAUUGGUUUUGUGUUUGUUUUUGUUUGUUUUUAUUUCCAUAUCUGAAGUCAUCUGACAUGAUAUGUGGGAGGCAGGCACCAGAUGGAUUUACAAGCAGCGGUCCUUCCAGGGCUGAGGUGACACAGUGGGGACACUGUAAAACUGUAGAGCUGAUGGUCUUGGCUUUAUUUGGAAAUAAAUUAACAGCAGCUUUUCCUUAAGGGCUUAGGCAGCCUAUUCUGAAGUGCACUGAAGAAGAUGCUUCUUGGUCCUUGUAAAACAACAUGCAAGCCACGGUCAGAUUCCAUUCUUGGUGGAAGCUCAAGCAGUAUAGUUAGACUGUCAUGCACGAAGCAGGAUUUGGCUAAUUCAUCAGUCCUUGCAAAUUGGUAGGCAGACUGUUGUCACUGUCACAUAAAUAGUUGCUCUAUAUUUUAUAUGUAAGUCAAACUUGAGUAUAGUUGAUGUGACAGCAUAUGUGGGCAUGGGAAUGAGUGCCAAACCCUGCUGUCCCUCUUGUUGCCUUUGUGUAGGGAUCUGCACAGCCUUCUGUAAGCAAACAAUGUAAUACAUUAACGAAAUUAGCCUUAUUUUUCUAUUGCAGUUUUUGAAACAUUUUAUUAGAUUUCAGAACUUGCUACUGAAAAGUUUACAGUGGUUUCAUUAGACUUUCAUUUUUCCUGUUUAAAUAGCCUAAAGCUGUAUUAGUGAAACUAAUCGUUGUGUCCUGUGUAACUUAAGUGGCACAUAUCCCUCUUGCAGGCCUUCCAUGGAAGACUGUAUUUCACAUGUCUUCUGACACACAGUAUGUGCAAACCAAACAUGUUUGCCUUUGGAAUCAAAAAAACACUAUCUUGCAUUGCCAAGAAGUAGGAAAAGAGUGGAAAUAGCCUGCUGCUUCUGUCUGUGUCAGUCACUGUCGUUUAUGUACAUAUAUAUAUAUAUAUAUAUAUAGAAGAUACACUUUCAGGUUGUAUAUAUUC